UAUAUAACAAGGCUCCGUACAACACGCUGCAAAAAUACUACCUGCUGUGUCAAUCUCUGCUGCUGCUGUGCUGCGGCCUUUUUAGUUUCACACGAAUUCCCUGACCGUUAGGACGUGCGUGUGCGUAGUAUUUGGGUGCUCGAGCGACAGCAGCAGUCAGCCAGCGCAUAUUCAAGCUCUCGCUAAUGUUUUGCCGUUACUACUGCUAAUAAUCAUUACAUCUGCCACGACACUAUGCAAUCUGCCGAAGCGGCUAACACGGCUGAUGCGGCUGCUGCUCCGGCGGUUGCUGCUGCAGCGUGUGAUAACAAUACGGAAAUGCCGAUUAUAACGUCUGCAGUCGCAGCUAUGGAAAUGCACGAGCGUAACGAUUCCAACAGCGAUUCUAACGAGGCACCAUUGGAUACGGUAUUAUCAACAUUGAAACAGCAAACUACUGAAUCUAUUUCAAAGUUGGAGCAAUCGCUUGAGAAAGGUACAGAAACCCAAGGUGCUGCAUGGAAUAGUUCAUCUGGUUUUCUGUCACAUUCAAAAGCACCGGAUGACAUAUUGAAAACAGUUCAGGACUUAAUGAGUUAUGAAGAAGGUCCCCAUACCUUUGAUGGUAAAGUUGAACACAAUCAACCGACUGGUUUAUCACCAAUGACAGAUGCUGCUCGAUUAUCUUUAAUAUCUCAUUCGAUCUCUGCUCUUGCAACGUCAUUACCUAAAUCACAUGCACAAAGACUGGCUGGUCGAAUAUCAGCUGAUACAACUAGAUGGCUAAGUCACAUAUUUAGAUUUGUCGAUGGUGCUGUGUCUUUCCAUGAAGAUCCAUUGGAAGGUCUUGUAAGAGUUACUAGACUAGCUUUACACAAAAAAUACCCAAGGUAUAUGGAUGAAGGUUUUGGUGCAUUGGCAAGUUCUCCACCAUUGAUUUAUAGUUCUGUUUCUGCACCUCUUCUUGCUGCUCAAUAUUUAUGUAAACAACUAUCCUUACCAUUGCACUGUAUUAGACCAAUUCCACUCAACACUAUGUUUGGCUCCAGACAUACAAUGGAUAUUGCAGCACUUGAAAAAAAACUAGCUGAAGACUCCCAGUCAAAUGCUGUUACACCUGUUCUAUUAUUGGCAGAAGCAGGUUCUGUUCUCACGGGGCACUGUGAUAAUAUAGUAAGACUUAAAGAAUUGUGUGAUAAAUAUAAUGUUUGGUUGCACUUGCGAGGUGACUCCUUGGCAGCCUUAGCUUUAAAUAACUCAAUGAAAGAUUUGUCAACGAAAAUCGCUCAUAGUAUAACGUUGCCUCUAGGAAUUUGGCUUGGCAUACCGUCAUUACCAUGUGUUACAUUGUAUAAAUUGGUCGAUACAAAAGGUGCUAGACUAUCUCCAAGAGAAACUACACUUUGUCUUGUUUCGGGUUUAGUACAGGAUUCGCUAUCAAGACGAUUGCCUGUUUUACCUCUUUGGAGUGCUUUGCAAGUAUUAGGCCGUGAUGGUAUUUACAAUAGAUUUAAGAGAUGCUUUUUAGCAAUUGAAGAGCUUUAUCACAAGAUUAAAAAAUUUAACUGUAUCAGAAUAUUGAGUCAAGAACCAGGAGAAGGAUCAGGUACCUUUUCCAUGAACGAGCUUUUAACGACUGCGGUCACGAGCGCGCAACUCGUGCAAAGUGUCACAAGUGCUUUGGUAUUUCAGUUUGUCCCUCCUAACAUCGAAGAUCAACGUAUUCCGCCUUACUACGAUAAACUGAAUUCUUGGCUGGGACAAAUACUUGAGCGUCACGUUGAAAACAUAGAACUCGAAUUUUGCGAACUCGAACAAUACGGCAUAGCUAUUAGAAUAAGUCCUUUGGAGAGUACUGAAUCACCUCCAAGCAGCGACGAUAUCGACGAUGUGAUUGCUUGCUUGGAACAACAAAUCGAAAUUUUAUUAGCUACUGUACAGCACAAAGAGACGUUCGUAAAACUCGUCAAAGAAAACGAUUCGCUUCAUCUCGUUGAAAUGCAAGGUUGGGCUGGUUUGGGAGGUGUUCGCUACGCACCUCCGACUUGGGUACACGUAAUGACAGAUCAAGCCAAAGAGGAAUUGAACGCUCUCAAUACUCAACUCGUUGAAACGUUGCGCAGCACCGAUGGAGCUUUUUCUCUGGGCGAAGGUGCCGAUGGUCUCGCCUGCGUACGCUUCGGAAUGGUUACACAAGACACUGACGUAUUCGAGCUGUUAUCUCUAGUUCUCCAAGUUGGACAGGAAGUGGAGGCAAGUUCGAAGUUGAUGGAUACCAUGUCCGAAGUGGUGAAACGAGGAAUCGAAGCUGCUCAAACCGAUUUGGAGCGCGAGAAUGCGGAAAAAAUGUGGCAGGAGGGAAUCCUGCGUCACGUGCCGGUAGUCGGAAAUAUCGUCAAUUGGUGGAGCCCACCAACUAAAGAGACCGGGGUGCGUGGUCGCAGUCUAAAUUUACAAGCCGGCGUCGUGGAGAGCACCGAGAAUAUCUACAAGUAUCACAUGCAGAUGCAAGCCAAUUCGGUGCCCAGCCACGGCUCCGGUGCGCGGACCCCGCCGCAGCCCCUUGUCCAAACACCCGUGGGCGGUGCCACCCAGGUGGUGGCAGGCAGUCAAAGUCACAGCCGAUCGUCCAGUCACUCGAGUCUGCAGAGCGGCAAAAGUGUACCUCCGUCGUUGUUAACGCAGAACUCAUUAUUAACGCGCGAAAAUCCAGCCGAAACGAAAUCGUAGUUGUAAACGAGAUUGAUCGAUGGUACUUAUUGACAUUUCUGACAUUUCGUUUUUUUUUAUUGAUAUUAUUAUCAUCAGCUCUGUGGCGUUUCAAAUCGCAAUGCAUCAGCAGCUUCUGUUGAAAUUUCUUUGGAUUCGUGCAUAGUAUAAGUGAUAAGCAGCAUUCCACUUUUUAAUGUUACCCAAAAGAACAUUUUGACGAAAAAAAUAUUUAUCGCGACGUAAAAGUUAUUAAUUUUAUCCAAGAUCAGCCAAAUCUAAUAUUAGUCGAGUGCUGUCAAACUAUACUUUGCGAUAGUAUAUAGCAGAUAAUUUUGACUAAAAUUAUUUAUUCUAUUUUAUUACUAAGGUUUGGUAAAUCGUUACUGUUUUAAUUGUGCAUAGAUAUAAAUAUUUUUGCAAACGUUUUAUUUGAUUUUGUUCACUUUAUGAAACAAUAUAUUAAAUUAUGAAUAGUUUUUAUAUCGAUGGUACACCCCUGAAGUUUAUAUUUUAUAAACGUUGUUUUGAAAGAUAUCUAAGGAUCGGUGUACUUAUUAUUUAAUUGUAAAUGAUGAAAAUUUAUCUCGUACUUUCGAAAAAUAUAAUUUAGAUGUCUUAUUUUUCGCUAAAUUAAUUAAAAAUAAAUGAGUAAAUCUAAUUGUAACACCAUGUCACAUAAAUUUGAUUUUAAGUUUAUUGAUUUAAAUUUUUCUACGCUUGCGUAUUUUGGAAAUGACGAAUUUACGAAAAUUGUUGACCAUUGACGAAAAUUGAUAAGCACAAAAUCACGUGUGUAUUAAGCUCCACCCUAAUCGUAAGCUAAAAAAAUAAUGUUCGCGUAACGAGGAAGAGCUCUGUCAAUACAAUUUUUCUCGCUACACGAAUAUUACCAAAGAUUUUUUUAAAUUAUAUAUUUUACUCAAACGCAUGGAGAACAAAUCGAGAAUCCUCGUAUUCGUCGAGAGCAAUGGAAUUACUAAAACGUGUGCACGAAUCACGAAAAACAAAACGUCGAUGCUAUAUGAAAGAAAAAAGUAUUGUAAACCAUUUUUUGAACCAUUUUUGAACAAUUACAUUAUACACCCAUUUAUCGUUGUAAUAAAUCAUUGCUACUUUAAUACGC